AUGAACAGCAACGAAUACAAGUCCUCACCACUGGACUUGGUAGUCUUGGGGCUAAACUCUGGGACCUCGAUGGAUGGUAUUGACUGCGCCCUCUGCCGGUUCCGACAAGAGUCGCCUGAAAGCCCCAUGCACUUUGAGCUGCUCAAGUACGACGAAGUUGCUCUGGAGCCCGUCAUCAAGAAGCGGGUUAUGAACAUGAUCCUGCAUAACACCACUACUCCCGAAGAGCUUUCUGAAGUUAACGUCAUUCUUGGUAACGAAUUCGCCAAAGCUGUCGCUGACUUUACGACCAAGCAUGAUAUCCCGCUGUCGUCGAUUGACGUCAUUGGCUCCCACGGCCAGACAAUAUGGCUGCUUAGCAUGCCUGAGGGCGACCAUGUCCGAUCUGCUCUUACGAUGGCUGAAGGCACGUUCAUCGCGUCAGCGACGGGUAUCACCACCGUCACUGACUUCCGUGUCUCGGACCAGGCGGCUGGUCGACAAGGCGCGCCACUCAUUGGCUUCUUCGAUUCGCUUGUACUUCACCAUCCUACCAAGCUCAGGGCGUGCCAGAACAUCGGCGGCAUUGCCAACGUAUGCUUCAUUCCCCCUGACGGUGCCGAUGGCAAGCUAAAUCAACAAUUUUUUGAUUUCGACACAGGCCCCGGCAAUGUCUUUAUCGAUGCGGCGGUGCGCUACUUUACCAGCGGCGAGCAAGAGUAUGAUAAAGACGGCGCCAUGGGCAAGGCCGGCAACGUUUGCCAGGACAUGGUGAACGAGUUCCUGUCGAAGUUUCCUUACUUCUCUAAACCCAUCCCGAAAACCACAGGACGAGAAGUGUUUCGCGAUACCAUCGCCCACGAUCUCAUCAAGCAAGGGCUGGCCAGAGGGCUAAAGCCCAACGACAUUGUCGCUACAAUCACCAGGAUUACAGCCGAUGCCAUCGUAUCGCACUAUCACCGGUACAUGCCGACCGAGUACGGCCCGUUGGCAGAAAUCUACAUGUGCGGUGGUGGCGCCAAGAACCCCAACAUUACCGGGCAUCUGCAGGCGGCGUUUCCAGAUACCAAGAUUAUCAUGCUGGACGAAGGCGGCAUCCCUGCAGACGCAAAAGAAGCCAUUACAUUUGCGUGGCAGGGUAUGGAGGCUAUUGUUGGCCGUAGUAUUCCUGUGCCGGAUCGAGUGGAAACGAGGCAGCCAUACGUGCUGGGUAAGAUUAGCCCUGGGGCGAAUUAUAGAAGGGUCAUGAGGAAGGGCAUGGAUUUCGGGGUCGGCAGGGAAAACUUGCCACCAGUUAAGGAGUUGGUCAACUAUGUGGACGGUGAAGUUUUUCGCACAGGGUAG